AUGAACCAAGGCCAGGGCCAGGGUCAAGGUCAAGGUCAAGGCCAAGGCCAAGUGCAACAGCAAGGACAGCAAGGGCAGCAAGGGCAGCAAGGGCAGAAUUCACAGCAGAAGAUGCAUCUCAUUCAGCCUCAGCAUAUUCGCAACCUAGCCAUUCUGUCCGAGGAGGAGAAGGCUAAGUAUGUCGCUGGCUUGGAAGGGCUGUGGAACAAGGUGAAGAGCACGCCACCAGGCAGCGCGGAAAACAAGGCCGCGACGGAUAAGAUCCACGCGUUCAGUACAAUGCUUCGAAGCAAGGUCGCCCAGCGUCAGCGCCAGGCUAUGCAUCAGCACCAGCAACAGCAGCAGCAGCAAGUACAGCAGAAUCAAAGCCAGAAUGGCCCGCAGCAGCAGACCCAACCCCAAGCACAAGCCCAGCAACAACAGUUGCAACAAGGUCCGGGCCAGCUCCAACAGCAAGCGCCUCAACAACAACAGACUCCGAUCCUACACCCACCCUCAGCGCCUCAAAGAGCUCCCUCUCAGGCUUCUCCACCCCCUCCUCAAUCUCAGCAGCAAGCGCAGGGAGGAGCAACACCCCGGCAGAUGCAAGCUCAACCCUCGCAGGGACAAGGCGCUCCACAGCAACAGCAGCAAUCACAAUUAACGCGACCCCAGAGCGAACAGAUGAACCAGCAUGUAGAUACGCUCAAAUUUCGACUCCCGCCUGAACUGCAAGGCAAGUCUGCCGAGGAGAUAGCGAGAUGGACUGAGCCCAAGAGGGAGCAAUACCGACAGAAGCUCGCCAUGCUUGAGAUGUCAAACCUACGUAUCAAGAGGAUCGAGCAGCAGUUGACCCAACGCCAACAAUCAGGGACCAUGACAGAAGAUGAACAGAAGAACCUGACCCAGAUGAGGCAGAAGACUCUGGUUGGACGACAGGAAGUUCAGAAUUGGAUUGGAUCAUUUAGAAAGCAGUUCACCGACGGGCAGCAAGCUGCCCAAGCCAAGGCCCUCACGACUCAACAACAGGAGAAUGGCCAAGCUGGUGCUCAGCAGCCGCCUCAGCUCGCGGCGGCGGCGGCGGCGGCGGCGGCGGGCAACAGACCUUCGCCCGCAAAUGGAGGCAUGCCUGCGCAGCAGAACCGUGGCACGCCCGGUGCUGCGCAGCAAGCUCAAGCCCAGCUCCAAGCGCAGAGAGCCGACCAGUCUAACGGUGUUGCCAGUGGAGCUGCGGCAGCUGCGCGUCCACAGCAAGCCCAGGCUGGUCGGGGACAGGCUCCAGGUGGCGGGCCGCCGCCCAACCCAACUCGAGGGCUCAGUCACUCACACGCGAACACGCUUGCCAACGAGCACGCUGCCGCGCAGUCACAGUCGCAGUCGCAGUCGCAGGGCCAGCAACAGACGCAGCAGACGCAACACAAAGCAGUUACCCCUGGCUCUGCCACACCACACAACGGCGCCACCCCGCAGCAACAGCAGCAGCAACCACCACAGCAGCAAGCGUCGCAAACCCAAGCCCAGCAGCCCCAGCAGCCGCCCCAGCAGCCGCCUCAGCAAGCUCAUGCGCAUCCACAUGCCCCACAGGUGCCCGGAACAAUGCACUCCAAGAUGCCCAUCCCGAAGCAACUACCAGAGAAGGCCAUGGCUGUGCCUCAAGGUGUCGUGGUGGGCGGAGGUGUCAAGGGAAACAGGCCGACCAUGAACCAGGGCAGUGGAAUCAUGGGACCUGCGAUGCACCAGCCUGUGGUUCAGAAGAUCCCGGCGUACAACAACGAAGCGGAGGGCGAUCGCGUUCUGAGCAAGAAGAAGCUUGACGAGCUUGUGCGCCAGGUCUGUGGCGGUGUCUCGGACGGUCAGGAGAGCAAUGUCCUGACGCCUGAGGUUGAGGAGAGCGUCCUCACAAUGGCCGACUCAUUUGUGGAUAAUGUCCUUCAUGCAGCCUGCCGCAAUGCUAAGGAACGUGGCUCCAAGGUUCUCGAGAUUAGAGACAUUCAACUUGUGCUCGAGAGGACCUACAACAUCCGUGUUCCCGGCUACUCCUCGGACGAGCUCCGAACCGUGCGCAAGGUGCAGCCCGCGGCCGGUUGGAUCAACAAGAUGAGCGCUGUCCAGGCAGCCAAGGUCAUGCCAGGAAAGGGGGAAUAA